AUGGCUAUGUCAAAGGCCAAAUCCACCGCCCUCUCCGCCGCCGAAAAGUGCCGGAACAUCCUGGGCGCCAGUUGGGAAGCCCACCUCAACACCAUCAAAGCGGAUGCCAAGGGAAGCAAGGGGGAGGUUUACACGUCGAGGGUGCACUACAUGGUCCAAAAGGGCCUGCCCUACCUCAUCGUCCCCGAGAACGACAUGCACAACAUUAACAUCAUAAUCGACGAGCGGGGUUCUCUCUCGGUGUCCAGUCCAGUCCCAGGUCGCCUUGCCAGCUUGCUCAAGUCACUCAACAAGUUGCCUCCCCGGGUUGCUAUGACCGGCGAUGUCCUGCGCAUGAAGGAGACAAAGGUUCCAGUUAUAGCUGAAAGCCUUAAGAAAGCUAUUCUGAAGGAACAUAAAGCUGCUAGCGAAGCUACUUAUGGGGUUUCAACGGUAUUGUCUUCUGCAAGUGCUACUUGUAGGUCGCGCAGUGAAGGUCUCCUUAGCUUACUCAAUGAAGAGAGCUCCUACAAUAUCUUGAAGUUUGAAAUUGGCUCAUGUGUCUUCAUAGAUUCAUUGGGGAGCAGCCAUAAUAUCGAGUUGGAUACUUUUGAACCACCAAAAGCCGACCUGCUAUGUAAGUUUCUACUUAAUUGA